UCUAAUAGCUACGGCAUUUUAAAAAAAUCCCGCAUCAGCAUCGGGUUUACUAGCAGUCGUAGCUGUCGCGCUUUAGCGGAAGUUAGGGAACAACUGCCUGACACAGCUGUUUUGUCCGUACAACAAGAUGGCUGCGCUCAGUGUGGGCUCUAAUCGCUCAGGUGGGAAGACCUUCUCCUCGCACAACCAGACGUUCGCUUGCCAGUGUCCGAGAAUGAGGGGCCAGUAGGUGGGGCUCCCACAGGCAGGGCACAUGGGGCUUCUCUGGGACCCGAACAGGGGUCCCGCGAGCGGUCUUGCUCUCACCCCAGAGGCGCUGCCCGGCCCCGAGCUGCGCACGCCCUAUCACGGUGCUGCCUAGGUCGCGGGCUAGCGGGGCAAGGCAGAGCCCCGGAACAGGUGCUGCUGGGCGAAACGGGGGCAGAUGGCUGGAGGGCCGAGGUCAUAUCAACAACCGGGACACAAUCUGGGUUUCCGUAGAGCUGGCUGUGAUUGGCGCUGCAGCCCAGAACAAGCCCAGCCUGGCCCUUCGAGGUGUGCGGUGACCCGACACCCUCUCUGGGGGCUGCAGGAUCAGCCCCCUUCCCUGCCCACCCAGAAAGCUGCAGAAGUCUGGCCAGGCUGAAAAAUCUAAACUGGAAAACAAGUAUGAAUUUCAGUUCCAAUUUCUCAGAGACUGUCCUUGAAAAGGAGAGAAUGUGAUGUCUGUGGUGCAUCAGCUGUCAGUUGGGUGGCUACUGGAUCAUCUUUCCUUCAUCAACAAGGCCAGUUACCAGCUUUGCCCUUCCUGCCAGUGCCCUGCUCCCUCCGCUUCUCAUGUUGCUCCUGUUUCUUCCACCCCUUCUACAGAGGAUAUUGUUGCUCCUUCCACCGUUGAUACUACUUACUCUACUGGAGCUGCAGUAGAGAGAACAGGGGCAACACUAAAGAAAAACUAUGUGUUUCGGGAAGAGUUCUUUCAUGUUUUUAAGCCCCAUAUAGUUUCAGCUCCCCAACAGAAGCCCCAGCAAGAAAGCUCUGAUGCUGGUCCAAGGGAGGGGAAGGACAGUGGCAAUGGAACAGAGCAGCACGAAGGAGCCAAGAACAGUGAUGGGGAUUCCCUUGCCAGUGCUAGGAAGAAACGUAAAAGAAAGUGUAGUGUGUUCAACCAAGGUGAACUGGAUGCUUUAGAAUACCAUACAAAGAUCAGGGGUCUGAUAUUGGAAGGCACCAGGUGUUUAAUCAAAGAAGGACUCAAAAGUGGUUUUCUUCACCCCAUUUCUGCAAAACAAAGUAGCGUCAAGAAUGUUAUUACAGGACAUGUUGGCUGUGGGAUGGCUGAAUUAUGUGAAAUGGCAAAACAUUUUUCUUCUGUGAAUGAAAAUGACCAUCGAUCUGCACAAAUUGUAGAUGAGGAAACAUCCAUUCCAGAGCAGGAUCUGCUUUCAUGCGUUACAGAGAACAAUACAGACUAUGCAAAGAUAAUAAAUUUAAUGGGACAGAAGUACCUGGUGCCGCCAAAAAGCAGUUUCCUUUUAUCUGAUAUUUCCUGUAUGCAACCACUUCUGAAUUAUAAGAAUAAAUAUGAUGUAAUUGUGAUAGAUCCACCAUGGCAGAACAAGUCUGUUAAAAGAAGUAACCGAUACAGCCACUUGUCUUCAUGGCAAAUCAAGCAAAUUCCCAUACCAUCGCUAGCUGCUCCAAAUUGUCUUGUGGUCACAUGGGUGACCAAUAGACAGAAGCACCUACGUUUUGUUAAGGAUGAACUUUAUCCUUAUUGGUCUGUGAAGACUCUUGCUGAGUGGCACUGGGUGAAAAUUACCAGAUCUGGAGAAUUUGUAUUUCCAUUAGAUUCUUCCCACAAAAAACCCUAUGAAGUUCUUGUGUUGGGGAGAGUUCAAGGAAGUAUAAAUUUGCCAUUAAGGAAAUCAGAUGUGGAAGUACUUCCAAUUCCAGACCACAAAUUAAUUGUCAGCGUACCCUGCACUCUUCAUUCACACAAACCUCCUCUUACUGAGAUUCUGACAAAAUAUAUCAAACCUGAUGCAGAAUGUUUGGAGUUGUUUGCUCGCUGCCUGCAGCCUGGUUGGACCAGUUGGGGAAAUGAGGUUCUUAAAUUCCAACACAUUGAUUAUUUCAUUGCUCUGUACAACGAAAAUGAAGUAGGAUCUUUUAGCUUAAUUUGAAAACUUCCCCACUCCCCAUAGUUCUAGAACACUCAGAAGGCAAUGUAAAUGAAACAGACUCUUAAAUUGAAAUCCUUGUAGUGAUUAGCCUUCUGAUUAGAUUAUGGUGGUGUCUUCAGUUUCACAAGGUGUUCCUGUAUUUUGAUUCCCCUUGAGAAGUAGGGCAGAUCACUUGAAGUACAUGCUUCUGAAUCGGAUUGAUUUUUCUGAAAGAAAAUACUACUUUGGGUUGGUGACAAAUCAGAAAACAAGGGAAACUGAAGUAAAUAAGUAUAAACACAACAUAUCUUACCACAUAGUCAUGUGUCUUUGUAUCCCCUGAGAUAAGGGGAGCAAUGCCCACAUUAAUAGGUAUGUGGACUGUUGACUGGUACAUAUUCUAUAUUUCUAAAAAUUACACUUUUAAAAUAGUCAACAAUUCCAUCUUCUUUUAAUGCUGUUAAUACUUUGAGUAUAGUCUCAACAUCUUACAAAUUCUGCAUAUUAAGGCAUAUGUGUAUGGUAAAAGUUUAGCAGAGUAUAAACAUUUUAUAAACC